AUGACGGAUAUCGCGUUGAAAAAUGAGACAAUUCAGUGUACUGCUGGUGCGAUCCCUGUCAAGAAUGAGAAAGGCCAGACGUACAUGCAGAAAGUGAAGGUGCACCGCUACAUCGCCGGGAAGCGUCCAGAUUUCGCCUCCGAUUCUGAGGGAUCUGAUAUCUCUGAUUUUGAAGUUGAGGCUGGGGGCGAUGCUCAUCAACAGAAACACCACCGGAGAGUUGGUGCCUCAGAGGAAGUUGGGAAACGUGAGAGCAUCUCCGUCAUCGAGCAGGAGCCCACGGCUGAGGAGCUCAGUGAUCCGCGAUUUCGCCGUCUAAUGCUCCUAAAGCACACGCGGGAGACGGUGGCGGCGGGGGAUGAGGACGCGGAGGACCGAGUGAUACGCCACAAGCGUUUCCGUGGCAGUGGCGAUGGUGCCUCUUCAUCAGAAGACGAGAUGAAAGAUGGCAUUAAGGAAGAGGAAGAGGAGGAGGAGGUGGAUGAGGAGGAGCUUGCUCGUCGGCGAGAGUUGAUUCGUCAACGAGCACGCAAACGCCGUGCGGCGGAGGAGGCGGACCUAGAGCGAGCAAGCGCUGCAGAUGGGCGACGCACAGCAGAGGUGGAGGAAGCAGAAAAGGAAGAGGAAUAUGAGGAGGAGGAGGAAGAAGAGGAAGAGUACACUUCUAGUGGAUCUGAGGACGAGAUGGGUGCAUCUAAACUCAAACCUGUCUUCGUACGUCGUCAGGAACGUAUCACCCUGCAGGCUAAGCAGCGUGCCGAUCAAAUUGCUGCCGAGGCAGCUGCAGAAGCCAAACGCCUUGCAGAUGAGAGACGCAGAGACACUUUGAAGCUCCUGGAAGCGGAGAUUCGUCGGGAGGCUGAAGAGGCACGACUAAUGCAAGACGAGCUGGAGGCUUUAGACUCAGAUGACGCAGCCGGCGAUCCACAGAAGGAGCAGGAAGAGUACGAGCUUUGGAAAGUUCGCGAACUCAAGCGCAUACGUCGUGAUCGUGAGGCUCGCGAAGCCAUAGAGCGCGAAAAAGCGGAAGUGGAGCGGGUGCGUGCCAUGACAGAGGCGGAGAGGCAAGCUGAGUUCCGCAAGAACCCCAAGGAGGUGACGAACAAGGCGGUGAAGGGAAAGUACAAGUUCCUUCAGAAGUACUACCACCGUGGCGCCUUUUUUGUGCAGACAGAGGAGGAGAAGCUCUAUCAGCGUGACUUCUCCAAGCCCACGUUGGAAGAUCACUUCGACAAGACCAAGCUGCCUCCGGUCCUUCGCGUGAAGAACUUUGGACGAGCAGGUCGGACAAAGUACACGCACUUGGUGGACCAGGACACGACGGCUUUCGACGCUGCCUGGACCUCCAACGAUCCCUUGGCGACAAAAUUCCAGAUGUCCCACGGUGGUGGCUUCAAGGAGGUCUUCGAGAAACCCACCUCGAGGAAGAACACGAAGUAG